AUGGCCACUGACAACAAACAGCCUCAUGAAAAUCCAUACCCACCAUGGUAUCACUCGCUGCAUGCCUACAGUCGUGCCUCCGAUGACUUACGUCGUCAAGCCGAGCUAAUGCGACAACGUGGCAAAGCCAUUCGCAUCGAAAGCGAUGCUCUUGCAAAAUAUUACCAGUUGGACGUGAACAAUCGUUUGCACGAUCGCAUUCAAUGCAACCGUGAGUGGUUGCAUAUGCUGCUUGACUUGCUGAACGCGAUUAUUUCAGUCACACAGACUCUUGGCGAUAUCAAGAUCCAGGCUGAUCAAUUCCUCGCUAACUUAAAUGACGCAAUGACAGUCAACGUGGAGUCCCUCACGCAUCGGGACACCCGACGUGAUGGUGAUUACGUGCUUGAUGAUGUUCAGGAACAUCUUCGCAAAGAAGCCCAAUUGCAAAAGGAGAUACGCGACGAAUUGCAGGGCAUAAUCGAUGAUGCAGUUGUGCUUUUACAGACUCUGAUCGCCAUACGCAGAGAGGUGGAGGAGGCCAUCGACAAUAAAAAGAAGACCAUUGAAAUCGAUGUGGAUGUCCAUAACGCCACCGAAAAGUCUGCCAAUAUUAGCUUUAAGCCUUUCCACGAACGUAAUGUCAAGACGUAA